GUCGAUUAAAAGUAGUUACAAAAGAUUGCGAAACUUUGGCAGCUUCAUCACUGGAUAAGUCGGAGGAACGCUCCAAUGUCCUUGCACUGGAUUUUUCUUGUUUUAAAAAUGCUUCCUCUUCUUAUUCCCUACGUUGUCUCACUUUAUAUUUGCUAAUUGACCAAACAAUAUUAAUACUUUCUAACACAUCAUCUUCCACCCUUCAUCAUCUUCUCCAGUCUCACAGUAUAUAUAUUCCUUCAUUUUUAUUCUCCUUUUUGAGUUCUUCUGAAAAUGCUUUUCAUGGUUUUCUGACUCCCAACUUUUUGAGCCGCAUAAAUUAAAGCCACUCAACUUGUUGGCAGCAAAAACCAAGCUGGUUCUUUCUUUUCUUCGGAUUAACAAUGGAAGUGUGUUGUGAUCUCGAGGUCGACGUUAAUGGCGAAGAGACUUUCAUGGUGGACAAGAGAAUUCUUGCAUCUUUCUCAGGCAGAUUCAGCAAAUUGUUCGAUAAAUUGAGCAGAAAAACAAGGAAACUGAAAGUGAUAUUCAAUGACUUUCCAGGAGGCGCAGAGGGUUUUGAACUCAUUACCAGGUUUUGCUACAACAGUGGCAAAACAAAGAUAACUUCCCGGAACAUUUUCCUUCUAAGUUCCGCUGCAAUUUUCAUGGAGAUGGGUUCUAAUGAUAGCCAUGGAAAACCCAAUUUGAUUGACCAAAUUGAAAUUCCUCUCGAGGAAAUUAAUCACUGGACUUGGCCAGAGCUCCUGGAAGCUUUGAAGCAGUGCCAAGAUUUACAUUCCACUGCAGAGUCUUCACCAUUCAUACUUGACAAAAUCUUAUGUUGUCUUAUAGAAAGGCUUGAUUUCCCUGGAGCGUCAAGCAAAUGUGCAUCUUUCUCGGAGAAUUCUACUAAGUUCUCAUCUGAUGAUUUCAGGAGUAGCGUUAGCACAAAGGACAAACACUCUCAAAAAACAUGGUGGUUCGAAGAUCUUCUGUUUUUAAAGGUGGAUUUAAUAGAUAAGUUAAUCAAGCUGAUGAUUUCCAGGAAUUUUGACCACAGCAUAAUUUGCAAGUUCCUCUUCUAUAAUCAGAGAUCAAGAUUUCUCAGUGCCUCUCCAUAUGAGAAGCGCAAUAUUGCAGAGGUAAUUAUAAGUCUACUUUCUCUACUUGAUAGGAGAUCUCAUUCUUUCAAGCACUUGUUCGAAAUUUUUCGAGUGGCCUCAAGCUUGAACAUCAGCAAACAUUACAGAAAGAAGCUGGAAAAUCUGAUAGGUUCACAACUAGAUCAAGCAACACUUGACUAUCUGCUAAUUCCAGCGCCACACGGAAAGGAUUAUGUUUACGAUGUGAAUUUAGUUUUGAGGCUUGUUAAAGCUUUCCUCUCUGAAAAUGACAACUGGGUAUCCAUGAAAUCGAACAAAGUGUCCGGCUUAAUAGACUCAUACCUUGCUGAAGUAUCUCCAGAUUCUUGUUUAAAGCCUUCCAAGUUCGCAGAAUUACUGAGAGUGAUGCCAGAUUCCACAAGAGAAUCUCAUGAUGGACUCUACCACGCCAUAGACUUCUAUGUUCAGGUUCAUUCUGGAUUAUCUGAAGAAGAAAAAUUGAGAGUCUGCAGAACGUUGAACUAUGAGAAGCUUUCGACUGAAGCAUUGAAACACAUAGCUCAAAACUCAAGGUUUCCAUCAAAAAUAGCAGUCAAGUCUUUCAUUAAUGAACAAUACAAAUUAGUUCCCAAAACAAAAAGUGUUGUCACCAUCAAUCCUGUGGGCGUUAAGGCAUUAAUGGCUGGGAAAAGGAAAGCUGAUGCCUCGCAUAUUUUAAUAUGUGCAAAACAGCGUACGGAAACUGAGGAGCUUGAACAUCAUUUUCAUGGAAUGAAGUGGAAGAUGAAGGAAUUGGAGAAAGCCUGCAGGAUAAUGCAGACGGAAAUGGAAGAUGUAACAAGAGCUACUCCAGGCAAAGCUAGAUAUUUACCAAAACUUUGUUCUUGACCCAAAUUUUUAUGGCUGUUUUACUGCAAUGUGAGCUGUACAUAAUAUAUAAAGUUUAUUAAUGAGAUUUCAAUGAAA